CACAAUAAUACAGACAACAUGGCUCGUACGAAGCAAACGGCAAGGAAAUCCACCGGAGGCAAGGCCCCACGAAAGCAGCUGGCCACGAAGGCGGCUCGGAAGAGCGCGCCCGCUACCGGUGGUGUCAAGAAGCCACAUCGUUACAGGCCGGGUACAGUGGCCCUUCGUGAGAUCCGUAGGUACCAGAAGAGCACUGAACUCCUUAUCCGCAAGCUUCCGUUCCAGCGCCUCGUGCGAGAAAUCGCCCAAGACUUCAAGACCGAUUUGCGCUUCCAGAGCUCAGCCGUCAUGGCUCUCCAAGAAGCGAGUGAGGCAUACCUCGUGGGACUUUUUGAAGAUACCAACCUGUGUGCAAUCCACGCCAAGCGAGUGACCAUCAUGCCCAAGGACAUUCAGUUAGCCAGACGCAUCCGUGGAGAACGUGCCUAA